AUGCCCAAGCGUACAGAUAGCGGUGCCACGACGGGCGCUGCACCGAUACAGAAGAAGCUCAAAAUCGGCACCCCUUCUCCUCGUGUGGCUGCACCUCUGUCCCUGGACCUGGCAUCCGACGACGUCGACAACGAUGACGACAACGACGACGUCACGCUCGAUCUCGAGCGGCAGCGACGGGUUCAACAGGAGCAAGCCGAUGCAGAGCUCGCGAGGAAGCUGGCGCGGAGUGAAGGCACUUCAUUGGAUACCGUCAAGUUCCACGAGCGCCACUUUGGCAAGGCUUUUACAGCAGCAGCAGCAGCAGCUGGUGUCGGCAACGCGACUCGGAUGGGCGACACCAGUGGAGUGAGCUCGACAUUGAGCACGGCCGGGGAACCGUCCUCGUCGCGCCUGCCUCGACACAGGACCGUCUCGGCCAAGAGCGAGACCGAAACGAUCAGUUUGGUUGACGAAGACGACGAUGAUGGCGAAGAAGGAAAAGACGACGACGACAUCGUCAUCACUGGGUAUGCGCCAGCCUCAACCUCUAAGCUGCCUGCGAAGUCACUCUCGACCCCGAUCGCGCCUGUCUUCCAAUCGCCGACCAAAAAGUCAGCCGUGGCCCUGGGCAAAGUCAAAGACGAAGAUAAAAACGCAGUCGCUUCAUUGCCGUCCAAACCGGACGCGUUCUCGUUUCUUGCGUCGCCCGGCAAAGCCUCAGCCUCGUCGUCAAAGACCCUGUUAGGAGCUUCCACCGGACCGACCGGCGCACUUCUCCCACUCGAUACCUCCCUGUUUACGUUUGCACCCUCCUCCCAUGUCGACACAUCAUUCUGGCCCGCGGGCAGGAUGCCCUACUCGUACUUGGCCGCCGCGUUCGCUCUCAUCUCGACCACCAAAUCUCGCCUCUUCAUCUCCCGCGUCUUGACCAAUCUGUUCCGCGCCGCCAUCGAGCUCGACCCAGAGUCGCUCGAGAGUGUCGUGUAUCUGUGCUCAAAUCGCAUUGGACCCGCCCAUGAGCGUGAUCUGGAGCUGGGGGUUGGCCCCCAGGUGUUGAGCAAGGCUUUCAAGGAGGUGUCGGGCUUGACUCCUCAAGCUUUACGACAGCUCAACAAGCUCGGAGAUCCUGGUAACAUCAAGGAGAGCUCCUCACCCAUGCCUUGCCUCUGA